AUACAUCCACCUUCCACACAUAGCUGUCACCUUUGAUGUCCCUGCUCAGCUUCAAACCCAUAACCUCAUCCGAUGCUACGGGAAUCUUCACGGUGAACCGUAGCCGCCCGGUGCGCUCGCACUUGGAACAGCCCCACAACCAUCCAUCACACAACCCACCCAGCGAGCCCCAGCCACUGGUGAAGCGCGUACAGAGCAGCAGACCGACGAACUAUGCAGACGCUAUAGAAAAGUUGGACCGGGCCGUCGACCGGAUCUUUGAGAACGAGCCGCUACAUACCAGCUACGAAGCCUUGUACCGCGUCGUGGAGUACUUGUGCCGUAACAACAAGCCCACAGAGUUGUAUGUACACAUUAAGGGAAAACUCGAAACGUAUUUCGGGAUCCACGUGACAGACCGGAUUCUAGAAACCUUGGGCAAUAACUCGAUAAUGUCCUUCCUCGGGCUUUAUCGCACGUGGGAGGCAAAGCUCGCAGUCUUGAGCAAGGUGUACAUGUAUCUUGACAAAACGUAUCUCCUCUCAUCCCCUACGAAGCUUGAGGUGAGAGGCACCGGGCUCAAGGUGCUUGUGGAUGAUCUUUUGGCCAAAAACGAUUUGGGCGUGUUGGAAGAAGGUACAGAAAAGGAGUCCCGGGCGUUGCUCAUGCACAGCUUCAGCGAACUGAUGGAAUCUAUGAGAGUACAAGCUGUCCACGAGUAUGAUCCAGAAAGGGGGAUUAAGUUUGACCCGGCAAUGGCUGCAGAGGCGCGCGAAUUCCUCACAGUUGUGACGGCCCUAGAUACGGAGAACAAUAUCAGAUUAGAAGAGGUGGUCAGAGUCGCCACCGCCAGUCAAUACCGCAAUCUUUUGGAGUUUUUCUGGGAAAACUGGCCGGUUGAUUACAUUCUCUAUGUUUCCUCUCUCCUCGACUGUGAAAUCACCUUCUUUGCUGGUAGCCCUACCCCCUUCGUUGCAGAUAUCACCGCUCGGAUCAAGUUUCAUUUACUCUACGACGAUGCGGCCAAGGUUCUUCCUUUGUGCAUGCUGAACGCCAUGGAUGGGAUACUGGACAACUGUGUUUCCUCCAAAUCGAUGCAACAGGUGUUGUACUUUUUCACCACCGAGAGACAGUACUUGCCCGGCUGCAUUGAGCAGUGGGGGAAGAAGAUUCACAGUGUGGUGGACGAAACUAUCAAGGGAUGCAGACGGACUGAUCCCAGCCAGUUUAUUCGCAAUCUUAUGACCCUUCAGAACAAGUUCAUGGAGGUUCUCAGAACCAACUUCUCCACUCCGGUCAUGGCGGCGUACGCUGAAAGGUUUGGCGACGCCCCAGCGGAAGACCACACAGAUAUUCUUGCGCAGUUUGACCUCAAGACGAGACAAGCGUUCCGCGAAGGUGUGUCCUUGCACGGCAGUUUUGUGGUUGAGACGUUGUGUAAAUAUGUCGACUCGGCCUUAAAAGCAGGCAGUCACGGUCUUUCUGAAGCAUUGGACUUAACUGUCCAGGUCUACAACUUGAUGAGAGAAAAGGCUAUCUUCUAUACAAUGUACCGCAAAGAUUUGUCACGGCGGUUGGUGCUUGGCAAAUCCCGGGUAGAGGACGAGACCCAGUUUCUUGAGGGAUUCAAGGCUGUUAUGGACGAUGAGCACUACAAGAGUCUUUUCUCGAUGUUAACAGACAUUGCUGAGAGCAAGGAGUAUGCCGGCUUCGGUGUGUUUGAACCGCUCUUGGUAAGACAGGAUACGUGGGUGGACCUCCCGGUGUUUGCCAACUCCCAGACCAAUGGCUUCAAGUUGCCUCCGCCGCUUGCAGCAAUGCUCAACCCGUUUAACGAGUUCUACCAAACCAAGUACAAGACGGAGAAUAACGGCCGCAACCUCACGUGGGUGCAUUACUUGAAUCAGAUCACGCUUACGGUCGACUUUCCGUUGGGCAAAAAAGAUUUAUCCCUCAACACAUAUCAAGCAGCGGUGCUCAUGCUUUUUCUAGAAUGUGAUGCCCUAUCAACAACAGAGAUUGAGCAGCAGUCUGGGUUAAACGGGGAAUUCUUGGAUAGCGUAAUGGCUUCGUUUACCAAAGGGAAGUACGUCAUUUUGGUGCAGGAAAAAGAUGGGUACAGGUUCAACACUGAGUUUCAGGAUAAACUGUGCUUUUUAAAGGUUGGCCACAGUCCACCGAAGCCGCAGAGCUCCGCCUCGUCCAGAGCCUUGUCUGAGCGCAGUCAUGGCGUUAACCCUGUGGAUGUGCAAUGGUUUACCGAGAGUUAUAUUGCAAAGUGUCUCAAGAACGAAGAGAGUAUGCCCUACACGAGCGUGGUCAGCUCUACGAUUCUACAGUGUCGGAGACGCUUUGGAGUGGUGGAGUUGAAGGAUAUCAAGAAAGUGGUGGAGACUUUGAUCGAGAAGGGGUACAUCCAGAGACUGGCGAGAGAUGCCAGUAUUUUGGAGUAUGUGCCUUAGUAUGUCAUUUACUUAUGAAGGAAUUUCAUUACCUUAAUCCGUUUGAAUCGCCGUUGCUAGCCUUAUGACUAAUCUUAGGUUAUGGCCAAGGCUGCAGUAGGCUUGUCUAAGGGCUCCCUCUAUAAACACUAAGCCGGGGACCACUGCGGAAUCUGGCCGCCCGGGUGAGUCAGAUGGGUUACUUCUGAGAAUUUGGCUCCAAAAUUUGUAAUUAUUUUUUUUUUUUUUUUUUUCCCACGUACGUUUC